CUCUCAUUGGUGGCUCUCCAUGCGCGUUCAAUUACUCGCUCACACUGCAUCAGAAUUAACCGGAGAAUAUAGCGUUUACCAAGGAAGCCGAACUGACAGUUCCCGUGUUUACAUAUUUAUUUUUUAACUUAUUUCUAUUUAACUGUUUUGUAUCCAUCGUGAUCAUCCAGAUCAUUUUUUUUAAGUGGUUGUAAUUGAUUUGAAAUGGAAGAAAGAUGUCGUCCAAUGUUGCUGUGCAGUGUUCUUGCUCUGUUCUGUGCGCUGGUGUCCUCAGCUGUGGACAGACAGUAUCUGAACGAAUGGGCGGUGGAGAUUCCAGGAGGACACGACAAUGCCCGAUCCAUCGCCGACGAGCUCGGAUACAAAUUAGUCCGACAGAUUGGGGCACUGGAAAACCAUUAUUUAUUCAAGCGGCACAGUCACCCUAGCAGGACCAAAAGAAGUGCGGAUCAUAUCACCAAACGACUGUCGGAAGAUGACAGGGUCUCUUGGGCUGAACAGCAGUAUGAGAAACGGAGGGCCAAACGUGCCCCGCUGGGGACCGAAUGUAAGGACUGCUCUGUGGACAGACUCUUCGACGACCCUAUGUGGAACCAACAGUGGUAUCUGCAAGACACCCGGAUGUCAUCAUCCCUGCCCAAACUGGACCUGCACGUGAUCCCGGUCUGGAAGAAGGGCAUUACGGGCAAAGGAGUGGUCAUUACCGUGCUGGAUGAUGGCCUCGAGUGGAACCACACCGACAUUUACCCUAACUAUGAUCCUGCCGCUAGCUAUGAUUUUAAUGACAACGAUCCAGAUCCCUUUCCCAGAUAUGACUCCACCAAUGAAAACAAGCAUGGUACCAGAUGUGCUGGAGAGAUUGCCAUGCAAGCAGACAACAACAAAUGUGGUGUCGGAGUGGCCUACAACUCCAAAGUGGGAGGGAUACGAAUGCUGGAUGGAAUUGUGACAGAUGCCAUUGAAGCCAGUUCCAUUGGCUUUAACCCUGAUCAUGUGGACAUCUACAGUGCUAGCUGGGGCCCUAAUGAUGAUGGGAAGACCGUGGAGGGGCCUGGGCGCCUGGCCCAGAAAGCUUUUGAGUAUGGUAUCCAGAAGGGCCGUGGUGGGAAGGGCUCCAUUUUCGUCUGGGCGUCUGGAAACGGUGGUCGUCAGGGCGACAACUGUGAUUGUGAUGGAUACACAGACAGUCUGUACACCAUCUCCAUCAGCAGUGCAUCCCAGCAGGGUUUGUCUCCCUGGUACGCUGAGAAAUGCUCCUCUACGCUGGCCACGGCCUACAGCAGCGGAGACUACACCGACCAGAGAAUUACUAGUGCUGAUUUGCACAAUGAAUGCACAGAGACACACACUGGCACGUCUGCAUCUGCUCCAUUGGCUGCUGGGAUAUUUGCACUGGCUUUAGAGCAAAAUCCUGAUCUGACCUGGCGAGACCUUCAGCACUUAGUGGUUUGGACGUCUGAGUUUGACCCCCUGGCCAAUAACCCAGGCUGGAAAAGGAAUGGAGCUGGUUUGAUGGUCAACAGUCGUUUUGGGUUUGGUCUCCUGAAUGCCAAAGCUCUAGUAGAUCUGGCCGAUCCCAAAGUCUGGAAGCACGUUCCCGAGAAGAAACAGUGCAUCGUCAGAGAUGAGACGUUCCAACCAAGACCAUUGAAAGCUGCAGGUGAGAUAUCCAUUGAGAUCCCCACUAAGGCCUGUGCAGGACAAGCAAAUUCUGUUGUAUCUUUGGAGCAUGUGCAGGUGGAGGUCAGCAUUGAGUACACACGCAGAGGAGACCUGCACAUCACGCUGACGUCUCCAUCAGGUACCACCACAGUCCUGCUGGCGGAGAGAGAGAGGGACACAUCAUCCAAUGGUUUCCGAAACUGGGCGUUUAUGUCUGUGCACACCUGGGGAGAAAACCCCACCGGCACUUGGACCCUGAAGAUUACAGAUACGUCUGGACGGAUGGAGAAUGAGGGUCAGAUUAUCAGUUGGAAGUUGAUUUUGCAUGGGACGUCUGAGAAGCCAGAGCACAUGAAGGAGGCAAGGGUUUACAUGCCCUACAAUGCUGUGCAGAACGAUCGCAGAGGAGUGGAACCGAUGGAAGACAUGAUCAAGCAGGAAGCUCCGACUCCAGCUCACGAACCUGAAAUAUCAAGCGCAGUGGUCCCAGACUCACUCCCGUCUGCUGCUUCCAUCAGCGUCCCUGAAAAAAAUCCAGGAGCUCCAGGCUCCUCCACUGCCAAUCUGGCCCUGCUGCGUCUCCUCCAGUCGGCCUUCAACAGGCAAACCCCGGCGUUUCCUCAGCACGCUCUGGCGAUUCCUCCUGCUCCUCCCAAGACCUUUCAGCCCGAGAGGAUCCCCCCGCAGAAGCUGUACCAGGCCCUCGACCAGCUAAACCGUAACAGGGGCUCCGACGACGGCCUGUUCAGUGACUACAGCGACAACUUCUACAGAGCACAACCGUACAGACACAGAGACGACCGGCUGCUGCAGGCACUGUUUGAAAUGCUCGGAGACGACCAGCAGUGAGUCGGGAACAGGCAAAGGCAGGAAGAGUAGGUAAAAGAAGCUGGAUGCCCUGCUGAAAAGACCAGCUUAGGUCCACCAGCAAAACGUAGUUUUUUGAAGCUUUUGGUAGUGAAACAGCAUGUUAAACUGGUCUUGGUGAGUAAGUUACGCAUCACAACAUCUAAAACUAGCUGCUACGCUAGUCUUUUCAGCAGGGCAAAGGGAGAUGGAUGGAAGCUGGUACACUUGAGGGUACUAGAGUUGACUGAUGAAAUAAAAUGCGUUUUGUUCUCUUCCAGACAAGCUUGUUUUUAUCUGCAUAUGUAGUUAUCAACUAUAAGCGUUCUACGGCCUGUGUCUGUCAGUGUGAAUGUUUGUAUAUCUGUGGUGAACAGCCAGCUGUAUUUAACCCUCAGUUUUGAACCAGGUUGCUAAGAUUUAAAACCAGUGACGGGACCAACUAUGGCAUCUCGUGCCCUUUGUCCUCUUGAUGAUUUUUCUCAUGUUGCCUUCACUGCCACUAACUUCUGCAUGCUAUAAAAUGUUGAGAAUAUUCUACAAUGACUGUAAAUUGUAACGAUUUGUGAAAGUGGCAGUCUGCGCAGAAUCAGUUAAAAGGGAAACUUCAACAGAAAACGAAAAAACGAAACAUUAACUCACCUGUUUACUGGACACAGAAGACGUUAUUUGGAAGAAUGUUGCUAACCAAAAAGUUUUGGGUCCCAUUGACUUCCUUUGGCAUUUUUUUUUUACCAUACUUUGGACGUCAGUGGUGCCGAAACCCAUAUUCUUCAAAAUAUCUUCUUUCGUGGUCCAAAAAAGAGGAAAGAAAAUCAUGCAGGUUUGGAAUGAAAUGAAAGUGAGUAAAUUAAUGUAAUUUUUUUUUUUUUUAAUUUCACAUCGAUUUUAUUCAAAUCAAUAUUUGAUAUAAUUGACCUUCUCUGUGCACUUCUUUUGUGCAUGAUUCGUGAGUGCACGCUAUUCCAAAUUUUAAAAAAAGUUUGUCUUGAUAUUUUAACAAAAUAUAACUUUCUCUCCGCCUCUAAAACGACUUGCCUUUUCGACUGAUGUCUCAUAUUUCUCUUAAUUUUCAGUGGUUUGUAACACCCACUUUUCACAAUGCAAAUCAUUAUAAAUUAUAAAUAAAUCAAAGUGUUAUUCUAGAGCAGGGUUUCCUAACCAGGGUUUGUGGACCCCUAAGGGGUAAUGAUGGAACUACAGGAUGUACCAAUGAUAAAUGAAAGGUACUUUAUCUUCUUUAAAAUAUUUACCCUGUAGAGAAAGUUGUAUGUACUUUUAAAGUACACUCACUGUUUUAUUCUAAAUUAGCCAAGUUAAUAUUGAUUAUUUUUGUAGGUGAACAGUGUUCUGUAAGCAGAAACUGCUGCUUCAUCUCUUUUAUGAGACAUUUUCAUUAUUUGAAUCAAAGAUAUUUUCAUUACUUGAAAUAAAAAUAAAUACAGUAUUAUAAUUUUUUCAUUUAUCUCAACUGGCAAAAUUUCUCCUUUUCAUUUACUUUAAAUUGAAGUACUAAAAUAAGUAAUAUAAAACUAAUAAAUAAAAAUUAAUAGAAACAAUAUAGACGUUUAAAAAACAUGACUAGAUUAAUUAAAAAUGACAAACAACAAAAUUACUAAAACGUUCAAAUUAAAGUAACUUUAAUGAUGGAUCAAUGAUACUAACAUAACAAUGUUUUGAUUACAAUACAUUUUUAAAUAAAAUAAUAAUUAUAUUUUUUGUUUAUUCCAAAAAUAGUAAAAAAAAAAAUAAUAAUAUAUAUAUAUAUAUUAUAAAUAUAUAUAUAUUUAAUUUUAAUAUAUAUAAUUAAUUUUAAUUUUAAUAUAUAUAAUUUUUUUUACCAUUAUUUAAAGUAUAAGGUAAUUCCAGUUAACACCGUAAGUGGUUUAGCUGACCAAAACAAAAUAAUAAUAAUAAAAAUAAAGGAAUACCUAGGAAACCCUGUUCAUAGACUUAAGAAACACAGUAAAACCUGGUUCUACUGAGUGCUUAUAGAUCACUGUAUAACAUUCAGGAUUACAGUGUUUAGAGAAAUAUCAUUCAGUAAACUGUAGAGUACCUAGGACAUAUACCUGUGGGACACCUUAAAGCCUAAUCUCUCUGCCCUUUUUUUGCACAACUUUUACCAUGUACCUCUCCCCUGUUCUCUCUAGAAACACAUGCAUUUAAAUCUCUUAAUAGUUAUACAGAUAUAAUUAUGAUGUUAGAACUCAUUAAAAAAGAAAACUGUACAUCCCAGGAAACUGAGUAUAUGUAUCAACUGAUUUUAUAUUCAAAAUUCAUAAAACAAAGAUAAAGUUUUAUUUUUCUAAGAGUUCAUAGUAGUUUAUGAGACUACAGAGAAUUAAUAUCUAUAUAGAACCCUAAUAUAUUAUAUCGCCAUUUACCUCAUAAGCCUAAAUCGCAAUUCUGUCUCUCAUGUGUUGUUGUACCUUUAACCUGAAGGUCUCUGGACUUAUUUCCAAUAAACUUGUGAUGAUGCUCUGAAAGGGAUCGUCUGUGAUUUGCAUUUGUAAAACAGGCUGGAAUGUUCCUACUCUAUUCUAUUUAUAAGUUAUCCUUUUAAGUUAACCAUGUUAAGUUUGAGUGCAAACGUUAAAAUAGAAGCCACAGUUCUGUUUGUAUUUUUUAAACAUAUAAUCCGAAAUUGUUGGAAAUACUCGUUUGUAAAAAGAAAUGACUUAAUAAAUGUUUGUCAUGGUUCAGCA